UACAGGAACUUCUGAAAUAUGAACAGGAUCAGAAAUUAGUUCAAUUCCUAAUGGGGCUCAAUUCAGAUUAUAAUACCAUAAGGGGAAAUAUUCUCAUAAUGAGGCCCCUUCCAUCUGUUGCUACAGCCUAUGGCAUGCUUAUACAUGAGGAGAAGCAAAGGCAGAUUCAGGCUGGAUCUCCUUUCAUUGCUGAACAUACAUCUUUGAAUGCAAAUUUGCAGACAUCAUUUAGAGGAAGAAUGGAUGAUAAGAAGGAAGCUAUGAUUCUGCCAGCAACAAUUCAAGUGAAGAUAGCAGAAAUGAGGGCCAGUUCACUCCAGAACUCUGUGGACAAUUUUUGAGGAUUCUUCAGUCGAUGAAUGAAGGCAAAUCCCACAUGACUUCUGAUUCCAACUCAAAUUCUCAGGCCUUUUCUGCUCACAUGGCUGGGCCUUUCCAAGAGGAGGCCACUGGAUCUUGGUGAAAAACAUGAUGGUCUGUACAUAGCCAAAUCUCUUCAGUCUUCUCAAGUCUCCCAAAUGUCUCAUAUUAGUUCUUUUGAUGUAUCAUCUUCCUCUACUGAUAAUGCUCAUAGUAGUUCCAGUUGUAAUAAGGCUUGUAAAGUUUC